GGGGGGGGCGGGUUUGAAAGAUUGGAACUUUAAAAAACCAAAUGACUUCCUCCUUCCACACACCCCCCACCCCCGCACAGGAUUAUAUGUAAAAUACAAACUAAUUUUGCCUUUUCUCGUGGGAGUCAGCCACCCGGGAAAAGUGGCCCUUAUGCCUGCAGCUGACUUUGAUUGGGAGGAGGCUUAGGAGGAGAAGCGGAAGCCAGAGAUUCGUGUGGACCAUGGAUGUCAUCACCCCGGCCCUUUCAGAACCCCUUUCAGAACUCGGAGGGGGGACUUCAGAGCCCAGUGUUACUCUGCAGGUAACGCUCAGCAGGCUGGACAGAGAUAAGGACCAGAGCAGCAGCAUCUUUGCUGGGGUGGCGGGACUCCUUGCCAUCCUCCUGGUCAUCGCGGUUCUCUGCAUCCUGUGGAACUGGAGAGCACGGAAGAAGCGGCGGGUUCCUUACCUGCGAGUCACCACGGUGCCCUUGCUAACUCUGCCUCAGUCCAGACAAAGAGCCAAAAAUAUUUAUGACCUCGUGCCCCGGAGGCAAGGAGUGCUAGGGAGACAUCAGUCAAGGAGUUUCCGCGUAUUCAGUAUCGAGAGCCUCCUCUCCAGAAACUCUGACAGCCCUCCCUCCGCACACGUGACCUCCUGGGCCGGCCAUGCCCUCCAGGUGCACGGAGCCCAGGCUCACUCCGUAGGUAUCUAUGACAACACCGCGGGGCCCCGGAUGUAUGAGAACCUCACUCCCUCCGUGCACUCCGUCAACGUCAGAGCAGCUGGAGACCACCCGAGCAUUUCCUCAGAGGACUCCCGGGACUAUGUCAAUGUCCCCCCGGCAGCGGAGAUUGAUGAGAGGCUGGCUUCUACCCACCACCCCCCUGGGCACCGCUUUGUCCUCCCAGGUGCUCAGGAGCUGGGAUUUACUGAGGAAAGAGACGAGGGCUGUGCCCAUGCCAAUGACUACGCCUGGUUUUUGCCUCCAGGAACUGAGAGCAAUGACCCACUCAGAGAUGAGGAAGGAUCUUCUCAGACCUCAAAUGACUAUGUCAACACGGCAGAGUUGGACCUGGGGGCCACCCAGGGGACGCAGCCCUGGAUGCCCUCUCGGUGCUGCCGAGAUUAUGAAAAUGUCCUUCCAGCAGAUCCCAAUAGAAGCCAGCAGUCGGUGGGAGAAGGGACAGCCUCACACACAAACCAUGUGGAGGGCAGGGCAGGGGGUAUAGAGACUCCUGUCCACCUUGUCAUGCCAUCAGGGAGGUUCCUGGCUUCUGGGGAUUAUGGGACCUAUCAGCCAUCUGCACAGAGUGAGAGCAGGCAGAUGGAACGUGGAGGAGAGAUGUCAAACGAGGGCUCCAAUGAUGAUGACGUUGUGCUGGCUGCCACAUCAGGGGGCAGCGAUGCUGAGCAGGAACAAGACACGUGGCUCUUCCUGAGGAAUUAAAGCCUCGUCACCCAGCUGGAAAGCCACAUGUACUAGUCUCUCCUGCCACGUCCAAGUGAAGAUCCUUGACCAUCCUGCAUUUCAGUGGAUUUAUCUGGUUAGACUACAAAGAGGCUGAGAUGCAUGGGGAUCUAAGAGGUUUACAGAAGCAGAGGUUUGGGAAAGCCAGAAAGAAAUUCUUUUCAAACAGGCCAUGAUCUCUCAUAUCAACUUAAGGAUGUUUCCUAAACUGCCUUUUAGGACUAUUAGGAGAUUUAAAAAUAAACAAAUAAAAAAAAAAAGAGAGUACUUUAGUGCACAGUGGAAAUAUAAAGUAGUCUAAAA